AUGGAAUUAGAAAUUUCAUAAUUGGUCGAUAAAAUAGUUCGAUGUAUCCCAAAUUAUCCUAAACCUGGUAUAAAUUUUAGAGACAUCUGUCCCCUAUUAAAAAACAUUGAAGCCUUAAACAAAGUAAUAGAGUAUUUCGCUGGAAAAAUCAACUUUGAAUUUGAUUAUAUUGCAGGAUUAGAAUCAAGAGGAUUUCUAUUUGGGAUAUUAUUAUCAUAGAGAUUGAACAAAGGUUUCAUUCCAAUUCGUAAGAAGAACAAAUUGCCAGGAGAGAAGAUAUCUUUAGAAUAUAAAUUGGAGUACGGCAGUGAUAUAAUUGAAAUUCAAGCAGAUGCUUUUGAGCCAGGAUCUAAAAUUUUAAUUUGUGACGAUUUAUUAGCAACCGGAGGAACAGCAGUAGCAGCAAAUGAACUAAUCCAUAAAGCUCAAGGUAAUACUGUUGGAUAUGUUUUUGUAAUUGAACUAAAAGAUUUGAAAGGGAAAGAUAGAUUUGAUCCAAAGGUUCCUGUAAUCGUAGCUCUUAGUGAUUGA